GUGAAUAUGGUUUAUGGUUCCUGUCACAGGCCGAAACAAGCAUCUCUUACUCUUCGGACGCCUUCUUUAGGUUGAGUUCGCUGUCAGUGAAAUUAACCAUCGCCAUUCGUUGACUGGUAACAUCAUGUCGUGGCUGAAAUCAGUGGCUUCUAGCGAGGAAGUGUUCGACGAGGAUGUGGAUGAUAUUAGUCUGCAGAACAAAGAAUGGAAAUACAACAUGGAAAAACGCGUAAAGGAUGGUUUCAGAGAAGGCAUUGAUGCAGGGAAAGAAGCGUCACUACAGGCUGGUUUCAACAUGGGAUACAGAGAAGGAGCCACUAAAAUGACAGUCAUCGGUCAGCUCAAAGGAAUCAUAAGUGCGCUGCGGUGCUGGUGUCAGGUUCAGCUGCCUGAAAGCCCCGAGUUAGCCUCUGUCACUGAUCUCCUCCAGAGAUUGGAGACGCAUGAGGAUGAACUGGUGGAAGCCAUGAGGAAAGCCCAGCAGAGGCCUAUACCUAGUGUGACUGAGAUGGUGGAUGACAUGGAGGACCUAAAUGUUGAGCAAACCAACCAGGGUGGAGAAUCUAAAUGCUCAAAUGAUGGGGACUGUUGUCGGAGAGAUGGAGCGAAUCGUGAAUGCUGUGACGUCAGAGCAGAGAGUAAAGAUUCCCCAGGAGUUCCCCCUCAUGGUUCUUUCUCUAAAAGAGAGAGUCUCAGAGAGCUGCAGAAACGCUGCUUGGACUUGGUAACAGAACUCGGGCUUCCAGAAGAAUUAAAACUGCACAUUCAGCAGCUCAUAGACACUUAAAGUGGAUUCAGGAUUGCAUUUGCUAAUAACUGCGGCAUAACGUCUGAGUAACAUCCUGUGUGGGCAGGAAACAAACAGCAUAUUCUUGGAAAGAAAAUAGCCUGUGCAUCAGUUGACUCAAACUGAUUAAGUACUUGAGGGAGUUUAUUUAUAUAUUUUUUACACUGUGAUUGAUUUUUCUGCAUUUUUUUACAUACACUAUCAUCAACGCUGAGCAUUUUGAGACCUUUUGAGGAAUUGUGUGAUAUGAUGUGAACAGUUGAAUCCUUAUUCACUUGUCAGGGAUAAAAAAAAUAAAUGCAAUGAGUUGAUAAGAAAUCUAUGUUUUGCAAUAAAACAUUUCAACUUUGUAUAGUGAUUCAUUUUAAUUCCACCAUACAUGGGCAAACUGAGCGAAUUACCACCCAAUAAAGCGAUUCGUUUAAGCAA